GCACACAGAAACAAGUCUCUACAUAGUGUGGAGUCCUUGUUGUUGUGCCAGAAAACAGCUAAAACAGUUCAUCGAGAUAACCACACCUUCUCACUUUCUCAGAGAAGUGCUUUUGUGUCACCCAGUUGAUAGUUUAGAAGAAAAGCUUCUAUCUUACUGUUUUUUCGGUUUGCCACUUCAACAACAUGAAGCUUUCCGAGUUUUGGUUUGCAUUGGCUUCUGUUAUUCUAGUUUUUUCCUUGGCCUCUGCUGAUACAGUAGAGCACACUUUCACUGUUCAAAACAAAGCGAUCACACGUUUGUGCAAUGAGCGAGUGAUUGUCACAGUUAAUGGACUUUACCCUGGACCAACGUUAGAAGUUCGAGAAGGGGACGCUGUGAUUAUUCAUGUAGUUAACAAGUCACCCUACAAUAUCACUAUUCAUUGGCAUGGAAUAUUUCAGCUGUUUAGUGCAUGGGCAGAUGGUCCUGAAUACGUAACACAAUGCGGAAUUCGUCCUCAACAUAGUUAUACUUACAAAUUCAAUGUGAUACAACAAGAAGGAACAGUGUGGUGGCAUGCUCAUGCUUCAGUUUUACGUGCCACCGUUCACGGUGCUUUCAUCAUUCACCCACGUUCGGGCAAGCUUCCAUUUCCUAAACCUUACAAGCAUGUUCCAAUAAUAUUAGGUGAUUGGUACGAUGGUAAUGUGGUUGAUAUUUAUGAACACGUGCUCGCCGCUGGUGAUGUAAGAGUAUCUGAUGCCUUCACCAUCAAUGGUUUGCCUGGUGAUCUCUUCAACUGCUCAAAACAACAGACAUACAAGCUAAAGUUGAGACAAGGGAAAACCUACUUGCUACGAAUGAUCAACGCUGCAUUCAAUAACAACCUUUUCUUCAAGAUAGCCAACCACAAAUUCACAGUGGUUGCAUUGGACGCUUCCUACAUAGAACACUAUGUCACUGACGUCAUCACCAUCGCUCCUGGCCAAACCGCUGACGUGCUUCUGAAAGCCGACCAGCCCAUAGGCAACUAUUACAUGGCAGCCACUCCUUACGUUGUGGGACAGCCGUCACCACUGUUCGACAACACGACAACGCGUGGCCUUGUCGUCUACGAAGGUUACAAGUCAUCAUUAAGAGAUUCAAAGCCCAUCAUGCCAUUGCUUCCACCAUUCAACGCCACGGCAAUCGCCAACGCAUUCUUCACCAACAUCACAAGCUUGGUGGGGGCCCCUCACUGGGUCCCGGUCCCACUUGAGGUGGACGAGCGUAUGCUCAUCACCAUUAGCAUAAACCUAGAAAGGUGUCCCAAGAACGGCACGUGCUUGGGUUUGUUUAACCAGAAAUUCUCUGCCAGCAUGAACAACGAGUCCUUCACUCUCCCUGUUGGGAAAGGGUACUCUAUGUUGGAGGCAUCAUUUUACAAUGUGAGUGGUGUGUACACUACUGAUUUUCCAGACUACCCUACUCAAACAUUUGAUUUCACAAGCCCCAAAAAUGCUUUGGAUCUUAGCCGCGUGUUUACAACAACGAAAACGACCAAAGUGAAGAAGCUCAAGUUUAAUUCUACCGUUGAGGUUGUGUAUCAGAACACGGCAAUUUUGAAUGCGCAAAGCCACCCCAUGCACCUUCAUGGUUUUAGUUUCCAUAUUUUGGCUCAAGGGUUUGGAAACUAUGAUGCCGACAGAGAUAGAGUCAAGUUUAAUUUGGUUAAUCCACAAAUACGUAACACAAUUGCUGUUCCAGCUGGAGGAUGGGCUGUCAUUAGAUUCCAAGCAAAUAAUCCAGGGAUGUGGUUUGUGCAUUGCCACGUGGAUGAUCAUCAGUUGUGGGGACUAAACAUGGCUUUUGAGGUUGAGAGUGGACCAACUGAUUCAACUUCUCUGCCACCACCACCAGCUGAUCUACCAAAGUGUUAACAAUAUAUAUAUAUGUGCCUGCAAUCACAAUUGAAUUCCAAUUCCUUUCUCCUGUGUGUUUUUCUUAGUAUAUUUAAUCAGCCAUUUUUCAAAAUUUCAAGCAGAAAAUAAUAGCUUUACAUAAACACAGGAUCAAGCAUAAAAUCCAGAGUUGUUUCUAAAUUCUUCCUAACUUAAAGGACCUUUCUUGCCGCA